GCUAUUACUAAGCAUGUCCACCCCCGGCACAAACCGUUCCACUCCACCAUCAACCCACCCCGUUUAUCUAAAAAAAUCCACCGAGGCCCCGAUCCAGAUCCCCUCCACCGUGGCCUCCUUCCAACUCCUCUCCUCUCCAAAAGCCAUGGCCGGAUCCGGUGACGAUGAGGACGAGGAGGCCAUGAAGGGCCUCUACGCCGGUGUGGCCCCCGCCCCUGCGGAGGAUGAGGAGGAGGUCGACGAGGGGUACGCCGUCGCGGCGAUGAAGGUGGGGGAGGAGAGGGGGAUCGGGAAGGAGGGGCUGCGGAAGAGGCUGGUGCGGGAGGGGGAGGGGUCGCAGCUCCCCGGCGCCGGCGACAAGGUCGAAGUGCACUACACGGGGACGCUGGCGGACGGCACCAAGUUCGACUCCAGAGAAGCCCCGUUCCGGUUCACCCUCGGCCGAGGUUCAUUAAUGACAGCCAAGGGUUCAUGCUCGGAAACGACUACAUCUUGCUCCAUGUUGUCGGCUCAGCUAAAGUCCUUAAUCAUGAGGAGAUGGGACACGUCGAUUGUUAAAGUACACUUGACAGUAGCUAGCGAAGAUCAAGUGGAAAGGUUGUUGAUUGUCCCAAAGUUCUUGGACCAUUUAUUUUGAAAAGCGAGUGAAGCAUUAAGCAUAUAUUUUCGGGGUGGUCGACGCUGACUAGCGCGGCCGGUGGGCGUUGUGCUCUUCAACCACUCAGAGGCGGACUUCUCCGUGAAGCCGGUGGCCAUGUCGCAUAGAUGAUUGUCCAGGUGAUUUUGACGCCGGAGGUCGUCGAGGUGGAGGACCUCGACGCCACCGUCCGGGGGGGGGGGGGGGGGGGGGGGGAGGAUCCGGGUCCACCGGCGUCUAAGCUCUGAGCCUUGCUAGAUACAUCUAGGGAAGUGGUCUGUUUAGGUUGACGGAACACCAGGGAAGGUACCCACCUUUCGAUGAUCAUUGUGUGUGUCUGAUGUUAAAUGCAAUCUUAAGAAUGUUAUGUGACACUGGUUUGGUUUGCGCUGGAUGUAUUGCCAUCCAUGAAUACUACAUCUAACUUUUAUUUUUUAA